GCGCGCAUUCAGAGUGAUGCAGCAGAUCACUGAACUCUCAUCCUCUGAACUUCAGGUCUGAUCUACACUGAACUCUCAUCCUCUGAACUUCAGGUCUGAUCUAGACUGAACUCUCAUCCUCUGAAUUUCAGGUCUGAUCUAGACUGAACUCUCAUCCUCUGAACUUCAGGUCUGAUCUAGACUGAACUCUCAUCCUCUGAACUUCAGGUCUGAUCUAGACUGAACUCUCAUCCUCUGAACUUCAGGUCUGAUCUAGACUGAACUCUCAUCUUCGGAACUCUUGAGAAAACUUGUGUCAGGUGAAAGAUGCGCGGAGGAUUUAUUCAGAUGCUGAAGAAGAGGAAGGAGUUGAUUCCUUUAAUUGGAUUUGUGGGCUUUGCUGCGCUCGGAGCGACAACAGCUGCAAUUUACUUCUUAUUCACCAAACCAGAUGUCAUUUUAAACAAGACAAGAAAUCCAGAGCCCUGGGAGAAACUGGACCCAUCGAAACCACAGAAGCUUAUAACUCUAAACCAGAAGUGGAAACCAGUGGAGGAACUGGAACUGGUGAAGAGACUGACCAAAUGAAUGGACUGUGACCCGUCAGGAGUUCAUCUUUGCUUUCCAUCAACUGCAGCUGAUACAUGUGUGUGCGUGUUCGCUUUUGUAUGCAUGUGCAUAUUGUCCACACAAUAUGCACAUGCACUAACACACAAAGACACACACACACAGACGCACAAACACACGCGCACGCACAGAGUGGAAAUGAGAGAGAAAAAGAGGUGAAAUAUUAAACCGACUAGAAAUUUCUAAAUGCAAUAUUCAUUUGAAGUAAGACUAGAAACAAAUCUAAUUUGAAGACGGACACACCUGUUAACCUGUUGUUACUGUAGACACACCUGUAAACCUGUUGUUACUGUAGACACACCUGUAAACCUGUAACUGCACACAAACCCUGCACUGGUCUCUUCAACUUUAUCAAGUAAACAAUAUUGAUGAAAAAACUC